AUGGAGCCGCUGCAGACCUAUGUUCAGCGUCUUCGCUCAGGCGAACCAGUCCAGUUCCCUGCCGACGCCAACUCGCUGGCCUUUGCCCAGUCGCUUGACGCCCAAGACUCGCUCAGCCACCUGCGCAGCGAGUUCAUCCUCCCGACAAAGUCCUCUCUUAAGAAAAAGGCUCUCAACGGCUCGAUACCCGGUGAACAGGAGCAAAGCGCUGAGGCCGCCGCAGCAGACGAGGGCAUCUAUUUUGUAGGCAACUCGCUCGGUGCGCAGCCCAAGGCUGUCCGUCGACACAUCAACGCGCAGCUGGAGACAUGGGCGUCCAUCGGCGUCAACGGCCAUUUCCAGACCAUGCAAGAGUCCCCGCUGGCCAUGUGGCAGGAUAUGGCACAGGAUUGUGCCGACAAGUCGCAGGAUCUGGUGGGCGCAUCUGCGCAUGAAAUCGUCAUCAUGAACACCCUUACGGCCAACCUACACUUCCUCAUGGCGGCCUUCUACAAGCCCAAUGCCCAGCGCCACAAGGUCAUUCUUGAGUGGCGCCCAUUUCCUAGCGACCACUAUGCUAUCGAAUCACAGGUCCUCUGGCAUGGCCUCGAUCCCGAAAAGAGCAUGGUGCACAUUGAUCCCGACGAGAAGUCCCAGAUAUCGACCGAGAAGAUCCUCGCCACCAUCGAUGAGCAUGCAGACGAUACCGCCUUGUUGCUGUUGCCUGGUAUUCAGUACUACUCCGGUCAGCUAUUCGACAUGAAGACCAUUACCGCCUAUGCCAAGGCCCGCGGCAUCGUCGUUGGUUGGGAUCUCGCCCACGCUGCGGGCAACGUCGAACUCCAGCUGCACGACUGGGACGUAGACUUUGCUGCCUGGUGCACGUACAAGUAUAUCAACGCCGGCCCUGGAGCCAUUGCUGGUGCCUUUAUUCACGAACGCCACGGCAAGGUCGAGUGGGAGAUGUCAGCAUCCGGUGCCCGUAAACCAGUCUUCCACCCGCGCCUGUCGGGCUGGUAUGGCGGCGACAAGAGUGUCCGCUUCAACAUGGAUAAUGAGUACGUUCCCACACCCGGAGCUAGCGGCUACCAGGUCUCCAACCCUUCGGCCAUGGAGCUGGCCUGUCUGUCGGGUGCGCUGUCCGUGUUCAACAAGACGUGCAUGAAGGAUCUGCGCUCCAAGGCCCUCGUGCUUACUGCAUACGCAGAGCAUCUGUUAGACCUUAUGGUUGCGGAAUCCAAGGACGAGGUUCCGCCAUUUACCGUCCUUACACCGCGUGAUCCGCUACAGCGUGGCACCCAGCUGAGCGUCUUGCUGCGUGAAGGCCUGCUCGAGCCUACGAUUGUUGCCCUCGAGGAAAAUGGCGUCAUGUGCGACAAGCGCAAGCCCAAUGUUAUCCGCGUGGCCCCUGUGCCGUUGUACUCGCGCUUUGAGGACGUGUACAAGUUUAUGCAGGUGUUGCGUAAGCCUGUUGGCUUGGCGGCUUCCCAAUAG